GCGAAAAAUUUUCAAAUCGCGUGGUUGUGCAGCGGACGAUUUUCAUUCGGAACGGUCCAACUUUGGAGCGGAGCGCGGAGUUUCGCAUUUUUGUGUUUGUAGCGGAAAAUCGGAUGAAAAACUCCAAAUGUUUACCAAAUGAGCGGCGACAAAUACGCGACCAAUUGACGAGAUCGUGUGUGUUUUCCUCAAUUAAACGAGCAUCGUCCACAAUUAGCGCCAUCGUAGCCAGGGAGCCAAGAAGCAACCAAUGGAACAUGUUGAUGCCGGUGCGGGAGUACAACAAGCACAUAGCCAAAAUACCAAAUUGCAAGAUGAGGCAGCGGCCAACGCUUAGAGCCACCUUCGCAUCCCUGCUGCUGCUCCUCCUCAUUGCCCAGACGCUCGAUCCGGCGGCUGCCAGUGGAUCAGCCGGAAGUGGUGGCGCAGCGGCCGGAGCUGCAGGUCCUGCCGCGUCCGGUGGCGCGGGUGGGGGGAGUCUAAGCAGUGGAGCCCCCACUCUCAUUGCCAAUCUCACGGAACCAGGCAGUCCCGGUGUGUAUAAUUCGACAAUGGGUUAAUGCUAAUUACCCGUAUAUAUAUACAUGGCAUUUACGUGGCAGUUUGCUGACCUUUUUACCUUUUGGUCCUCAACGUAAACGACGUCGCCAUUUUGGUAUUUGCUAGAGGUUUAUGCGGAGUCGUUUCUAUGAAAAUCGCUUACAAGAGCAUUCAUUCAAAUCGAACGAACAAAUUAAAUUAGAAUAUGAUUUAAAAUAAAUAUUAUUCUUUUCUAGGACCAGCGAGUAACGAAAUAAGUAAUGUCGCUUUUCGCCAAGUGCAGAAUUCAUGAUAUUCUUAGCAUAAACUUAGAAUAUACGUCCGUGCCGAUGUCUGUGUGUAUUUCCUUGUGCGCAUUUCCGGUUUCUGCUUCCGGUUGCCACGCGGCGGGGGUGGCAAAAACUAUUAGCCACUUGGCGCUAAACAACGCCACCCACGCCCACUCUACCCCGCUACUGAAGCAAAACACUAAGCAUCAAUUAACCCAAUUUUCAGAAUCCAUUUUCACCUGCAGUUACGGUUUCAGCUCACAGCUCCGGAGCUUUGGCCUCUUCUAAGUAUUUUCUAGCUGCGUGUUUCACAGCUCCAUGCUUACAUAUACAAAUAUAUGCAUUGCUAUGCUUUUUUUGGAAAAGAGUUGCUCCCUUGCGCUUUUUUCUUUCAGCAAACACCCAAGUGGCGGUGUUGAAACCAACGUCCAACGUCCAGGUCUCAAUUCCCCAGACCCACCUAAUCCUAUAGGUUUAAUGCCGGGCACUGUUGUCCAGACUUUUUCGUGUUCCGUGCCGUUUCUUCCUUCUUUCACAGGCGUUGGCGCUAUUGUUGUAGUUUGGUUUGGAUUGGUCACUGGAUCUGGAUAUGGAUUGGAAAUGGAAAUGGAGUGGAAGCUGAAAUCAUAAUCAUUAAUCCAUUGAUUUUCAAUUUUUUUCAGCUUAAAUAAUUCACACAAAUCAUUUCAGCAAUAAAUAUGAAUUCUUUCGCAGCAUUUAACAAUGAAUAUUUCAGCAAACAAAUGUUUUUUUCAGCCAAGGUUUCCUUAUUUGUUUUAAAUAACAUGGGAUCCAAUUACAAAUUGAUGAGCAGGUAAUGAACGUAGAAAGAAAAAAAUUGAAUCAUUUUAAUUUGGAAACGCCACUGUUGCAAACGUUGAUUUGCAUGUAAAGUCAUAAAUAACUCAUUUUAACACAUUCAACAUUUAUGAAUAAUUUUUUCUGUGCUUUUUAUAUUCUAGCUGUCGCUAUUAAUCAAAUUUACUACAUGCAUUUUUAAAUUGUUUAUUUAUGUCGCUACGUUUAUGCAGCCGCCUGGAAAUUUUGUGUGACAGAGUGUCAUAAACUGCAGAAUGCGCCAGGCCAUCUUACCUGGCGCUUGAUUGAUUCCACCAGCCAAAAAAUAAACACCUGGAACGACGCCAGAUGUCGAGGAUAAUAAAUUUGCCGGGAUUCUACUACACUUGGGAUACAUUUUCUGGAAGUCAGCUGCACGACUCAAAGUAUACGAAAUGGAAAUGUAGAUAUUGUUUAUAAAAAUGUCAAAUCGUCUUAGACUGCAGAAAUAAAGCUAAAAUUUAUAUUUCUUAAAAGAAAUUCUGCUUAACGAAUUGGUAAAUUAAGACUGCCUUGUAUUUUUAAAAAAUUGUAUAAAAUUCUGAACUAUGUAUGGAAACCGCAAUGCUUGUGCUCAAGAAAUGAUAUAUUCAUUCGUCAACGAUAUUAUAAUCUGAACUUUAGGAAUUAUAUGAUCCUAAUGCCUGCAUAAAUUGUAAAAUAAAGUACAAGAAUGUAGCAGUUAGUAACUAAGUCCGUCCGCACCCUGACAACUAUGUUAACUAACCUUAAGAUCUGGAAAUAAAAACUAAUUUAUAUAAAAUA